CGAACUGACUUUAUCUUUCUUUCACAUUAUCCAAUGCCCUUUUCAUCAUCAAACUGGCCAAUGGUGGCGCUUGAACGUCGACGCAUCUUCAGCCUUUGUCCGACUCACCAUGCUGGCCGCCAUGAUCCACAAUCCUUCUUUAAUUUCAAAGUUAACAGAAAUCUCUUUAGCUAACUUAUGAAUUAAUCCGCCAUUAACAGUAUCAAGGAAUAAUUAGCCAUGCACGCACAUGAAGAGCUAGCUUUCGAAGCCUCAAGGGGAAAGAAAAUGUUUCCAUUAAAGUGCUCCAUACAUACAUGUCCCCUCUUUUCUAGGGAAUCUACGACUUGCAUGCGUCGUCUUCUGCUUUUCCAUGUGGAUUAGCCCUCCUUUAUUUGUUGCCUUGCCUUGCUUGUCCAGGCCUCUAUCUUUCUACGUACCUAGCGAUAUAUGCAUAUAUAUCCGCCAUCUUCAAGUUUCAAAGGCACGACACACCAUCAACCUUAAUUCAAUUCAAUGGCGGACCUGCAGAUUGUUCCCGCAGGCAAGAACGUCGAGGCCCAGUAUGUGGAAAUGAGGGUGCCUCUAUAUUCUUAUGGCUGCGAGAGGAAGGUCAAGAAGGCUUUGUCCCACCUUAGAGGGAUAUACUCUGUAAAUGUGGAUUUCAAUCAGCAAAAAGUGACGGUGUGGGGAAUAUGCAACAAGUAUGACGUGCUAGAAACCAUGAGGAAGAAGAGGAAAGAAGCUUGCUUUUGGAACCCAGAAGAGAAUGCUGCAGGUUUCCAAAAAUCACAGCCAAUUAGAUCUCCACAAUCACCACUGUCUAUUAUUGCUCGAGACCGGCGGUUGAUGCCAUCUUUUACUCUGGCUAAGGCCAGGUCCCUCAGCUGGAAAGCCUGGAAGAAGGUCUUCAUUAGAUCCAAUUCCUUCUAAAUAUUAAUUCAAUCUCCUUCCAAUAAAUGUACCCCAAUUCAGGUUCUUAUCUUCUCGUGUAAAUAACUGGGGGUGGUGCAAGCAAGCAUAUAUAUAUAUAUAUUAUGGGUUUUUCCUAAAUCCCACUUUUUGACAUCUUUUUGGUCUUUUUU